UUGAAAACAUGCACAAAUCCUCUACAAUCGCCAAUCCAAACAAAGGAUGACGACGAUGAUGAGGACGCUGCUGGUUCGAGUGGCGGCGUGUGUGCUGGGGGUUAUGGCAAUGGUGGCGACAGCACACGCCAGCGAUGGCAGCAGCACAGCGGAAGCAGACAACAACGCAGGUGGCAUUCCCGACGUGUGGGAGAUGGAUGGCGCUCGGUUUGAUUUGGCGGCCCUGAAGCUGGAAGUGUUUGCGGCCCCAAUCGCCAGCGUCGGUGGAUCGUCCCUACGACUCAAGCUGGGAGGAGGGUUGCCAUGCAAGACGAUGGCGGGCCAGCCAGCACACCAGCGCCAUUUUAGUGACGACUCGGCCACUGCCGCGUGCAUGUUGGUGCCUGGGGUCCCACCAAACGUGGCAGCAAGCACGGCCGGUGCGCGCAUCAGUCUCCUGGACGCCGGUAACCCCGGAAUUGGCUUUGUCGUCAGCCUGCAAGGCGGCGACCACUGUGAGGUCGUCAAGCGAGGGCGCAAGCUUGACGCUCGCUUCCUCUGCGAUCCAACAGGCGCCAGGCGCAGCGUGACGGCGUGGGAGGGCCAAGGCAUGAAUGUAUGCCACUACGUCAUGGAGAUCAGAACGCAGCAGGCCUGUCCGGCACACACCACCUCCGCUCGGCCGGUUGAACCGCUGCUGUCGGGCGUGAGCGGCUGUGCAUCAGACACAGACACAUCCACAUCAGGCUGCAAGCAAGGCAUGACACUCGUUGUGCAUGGCCGCGGCUUCCAGCACAAUGUGGCUGCUGCAGAUGUGCUUAUUGGUGACGCAACGUGCCUGAAUACGCGCAUCAUGUCAAACUGGCAGUUGACAUGCACGCUUCCAGACGUACCAUCGCUUCACCCGACGCUUGAGGUGCGAUUGCAUCAUGCCGAUGGUGAGCCCACGGUCCUUCGUGUUGAAAACGCCGUCACCUAUGCGCCAUCGCCACAACGCCUCCAUCACCAAUUCCAAACGUUUGAGGACUUGGGCGUGGGUGGACUCAACAAGGAGAUAUCUGAGAUUUACCGGCGCGUGUUCCAAUCCCGCGCGCUCCCGUCAAACAUCGUCUCCGCACUCGGCAUCAAGCACAUCAAAGGCAUUCUUCUCUACGGUCCACCGGGAAGCGGCAAGACGCUCGUUGCGCGGUGA